UCUUACGUGAUUUAUACUUCGUGGCACUCAGUGACACUACGAACUGUUCACUCUUGCUAUUUUAUCGUGUGAUUGUUAUAUUGUUCAUUUACAACAUAAAUCAUAGAUUACGAAAUUAUUAAAUAAUAUUCAUGGAACAUCGAAAUUCGUUCUGUCGUGUGUCAAACAAAAUAUUCUUGACAAACAUCUCUAUCUAUCAUGCAGCUUGCAUUCCCCUUGGAGUGGAAUAUUUACUUUUUCGGCAGUCUAGUUUCAAACUCAAAUAAAUAAGUGUAUGCAAAACACACGAUUUUAGAUUCGAAUACACUUUAGAUGAGCUAACUGUGUUAUCACAAUUUAUUGUCGUUAAACACAAUCAACAACGAUCUCAAGAUGACCACGUUGAAGCAUGACAUUGAACUACCAGAAGAAAUUCCAGAAUUAUUGAUAGAGAAACACGUCAACUAUCUCCUUUCAUAUGGGACCAAGAAAGAUGAUUAUAACUACCAUCAGACUGAGCAUAUCAAGAUGUCUGGAAUAUAUUGGGGCCUUACUGCUCUAGAUUUAAUGGGAGCAUUAGAAAGAGCUAAUAAAGAAGACAUGUUGGAAUUUAUAGGAAGGUGUCAAAAUGAGAGCGGUGGCAUUAGUGCCAGUUUGCAACAUGAUCCGCAUUUACUUUACACGCUCAGUGCCGUUCAGAUAUUAUGCAUGUACAAUGCACUGGACGUAAUAGACAUCGAUAAAGUUGUAAAUUAUGUCAGAGAUAGACAGCAGGCAGAUGGAAGCUUUACCGGUGACCAGUGGGGUGAAGUGGACGUUAGAUUCUCAUUCUGUGCCAUUGCCACUUUGUCACUUUUGGGUCGCUUGGAGGAGAUAGACGUAGAGAAGGCUGUGCAAUUCGUCCUAAGAUGUAUGAACUUUGAUGGAGGAUUUGGUUCAAAGCCAGAAUCUGAGAGUCAUGCGGGUUUAAUUUAUUGUUGCGUAGGAUUGCUUUCCAUAACAGGACACUUACACUUGAUAGAUGCUGACCGGCUAGGAUGGUGGUUGUGUGAGAGACAAUUACCAUCCGGCGGUCUAAACGGUAGGCCAGAAAAGUUACCAGACGUGUGUUACUCUUGGUGGGUGCUAUCGGCACUGACAAUUUUAGGCCGUCUACAGUGGUUAGACAAGGAAGCAAUUACCAAUUACAUCUUGUCCUGUCAGGACGUUGAAACCGGCGGUUUCAGUGACCGACCUGGAGACAUGGUUGAUCCUUUUCACACUUUGUUUGGUCUAGCCGCGUUGUCGUUGUUAGAUGAGGAAUUCCCGUUAAAACCAAUAAAUCCUACUUAUUGUAUGCCAGAAUAUAUAAUUGACCGCUUAGGUCUCAAUCCAUCGCGGCUCGACGUGUAGUCAAUAUACACGACUUGUUGUACACGCUGUAUGUCAUCUUUAUCAGAUUUUCGUUAAAUAUAAUAGAGUUACAGAUUUCCUGCAAA